AUGCCGCUGCUGGACAAGUCUGGCAACAAGCUGGUCCAGCACGUGACCGGCUACCAGCACUACACAGCACCCCCGCUCUUUGGAUUCUCCCUGCCCAUGAGCGUGCUGAUGUACCUCCGGGACGGUCCCGGCGGCACCAAGCUGAUCGGCAAGCAGGCGGACUACCACAGCUUCGAAGGCAUCCUGUACUGCACCCCCGCCAUCGGCUGGGCCCUGCAGCACCUGCUGCGGCGCAGCAUCAGCGCCGCCCUCAUCGGCAGCGCCCGGCUGGGGGCCCGGGUGUGGCCGCCACUGGAGGGCUGGCUGUGCCGCACGCUGCCUGGCGGCGAAGCACAGGUGUACGGGCUCAAGGCCUGGGCCGCACGGCUGUGGUGGCGGCAGGAGCCACCCGUGGCGUGGCGCAAGGUGCCCGCUCCCUACGACCCACGCCUCUGA